CAAGGAUGGCCAGCCAUAUCCACUCGAUUUCUCGGUUACUCCUUUCACCCCCCAUCCAUCCCCCAGUAUUCCUAUAAAUUCAAGAGAGCUCCCUCAUUUUUCCCAAACUCAUCUCCCCCCUCUCUCUCUUUCUCUCUCUCUCUCUCUCUCUCUCUGCAGGUUUCCACCACCAUCACCAUGGAGUCUCCCACCAAGAGCAACCACCUUGACACCAAGGGUUCCUCCCUUCAAAUCGAGGCUCAUAUACCGCAACAGUCCAGCCCCCUCCGCAAGAUGAUCGCCGUGGCUUCCAUAGCCGCCGGCAUUCAGUUCGGUUGGGCCCUGCAGCUCUCCCUGCUCACCCCUUACGUGCAGACGCUCGGCGUCCCGCACAUUUGGGCCUCCUUCAUCUGGCUCUGUGGCCCUGUCUCGGGGCUCCUCGUCCAGCCCAUUGUGGGGUACUACAGCGACCGCACCACCUGCCGCUUCGGCCGCCGUCGCCCCUUCAUUCUAGCCGGUGCGGUUGCCGUCGCCAUCUCCGUCUUCCUCAUCGGCUACGCUGCCGAUAUCGGCCACUCCAUGGGAGACGACUUAGCUAAGAAGACCCGCCCCCGUGCCGUGGCCAUCUUUGUCUUUGGCUUCUGGAUCCUUGAUGUCGCCAACAACAUGCUUCAGGGUCCUUGUCGUGCCUUCCUCGGUGAUCUUGCGGCCGGCGAUCAAAAGAAAACGCGGACAGCCAUGGGCUUCUUCUCGUUCUUCAUGGCGGUCGGGAACGUGCUCGGAUACGCGGCAGGCGCCUACAGCGGUCUCCACAAGAUCUUCCCCUUCACAGUGACAGAUGCCUGCCCGUCGUUCUGCGCGAACCUCAAGAGCUGUUUCUUCUUCUCCAUCCUCCUCCUCCUAAUUCUGUCCAUCGCCGCACUCAUCUAUGUGGAGGACACCCCGCUCACCAAGAAACCGGCCGCUGACGUUGACAGCCCGGUUUCCUGUUUCGGGGACCUGUUCGGCGCGUUCAAGGAGCUGAAGAAGCCUAUGUGGAUACUGAUGUUGGUGACCGCCGUCAACUGGGUCGCGUGGUUCCCCUUCUUCUUGUUCGACACUGACUGGAUGGGUCGGGAGGUGUACGGAGGCGCUGUUGGCGAGAAGGCGUAUGAUGACGGUGUCCGUGCCGGUUCGCUGGGGCUCAUGAUUAACGCGGUGGUGCUGGCUUUCAUGUCGCUGGCGGUGGAGCCUUUAGGGAGGAUUCUUGGCGGAGUGAAGAACUUGUGGGGGAUUGUGAACUUCAUCUUGGCUAUAUGCAUGGCCAUGACCGUGCUCAUUACUAAGACGGCGGAGCAUGACCGUUUGAUCAGCGGCGGCGCCACCGUCGGUGCUCCUUCUUCCGGUGUCAAGGCUGGUGCCAUUGCUUUCUUUGGUGUCAUGGGAAUCCCUCUCGCGAUUAAUUUCAGUGUUCCUUUUGCUCUGGCAUCUAUAUACUCCAGCGCUGCAGGGGCCGGUCAAGGUUUAUCUUUAGGAGUUCUGAAUCUUGCAAUUGUCGUCCCCCAGAUGUUAGUGUCAACAUUGAGUGGACCUUGGGAUGCUUUGUUUGGUGGUGGCAACUUGCCGGCGUUCGUGGUGGGUGCAGUGAUGGCUGCCGUCAGUGCCAUAAUGGCAAUUGUCUUGCUGCCGACUCCGAAGCCCGCUGAUGUGGCCAAGGCUUCGAGUCUUCCCCCAGGCGGCGGUUUCCACUGAUUUUGAAGGAGCUUCUUCCAUGCUUAAUUUUAUUUUUGUUUCCUGUUUAGAAAUGUAAAAUAGGAGAAGGAAAAAUGGAUAUGUUUUGGAUUUGGAAGAUGUUGUAUUAGAUAUAUUAGUCCAUGGCUACAAAUACCAAUACAUGUAUUGUAUUCUAGCAUGCAUCACCGAACCGAAUCCUAUUAAUUGUAAAGUUUGGUGUGGUUAAUAUAAGACCGUCCUGUGGUUGCAGGACCCAUCCCCUUAUUUGUGUUUA